GUCAGAUGGAGUUGGUGCUGAGAAUCAUUCCAUUCAGACAACAAGACUUUUAGGUUCAAGAAGAUUAGACUUGAAGUCAUAGUUGUCUUAAAACACAUUUAAGUUACCUCCAAAACCUACAUUUCUUCAAUGCAAUCCAUUCACAAAACCCUAGUCCUUCUUCCUUUGUCCAAACCACCAUCAAACAUGUCAUCAAGAAUGUAUGCAUGGUUUGUUAACGUUGUUCUCCUCUCCAUGCACUUAGUCUCAGCUUCUGAUUCAGAUCCAUUACAAGACUACUGCAUUCCAAGUCCAGAACUCUCAUCCCUUUUCCCCUCAUCGUGCAAGAACUCGUCGUUGGUCACAGUCGAUGACUUCGUCUUCUCCGGAAUAAAAUCCCCCGGAGAUUCCAUGAAGACCGGCUUCUCAUCCAUUCCGGUCAGCUCAAGCACCUUUCCCGGCCUCAACACAUUAGGGAUGUCGUUCGUGCGGGCGGACUUUGAGCCCGGUGGCAUAAACGUCCCGCACUAUCAUCCGAGGGCGACAGAGGUUGCGUUCGUGCUGGAAGGGACGAUAUAUUCAGGAUUUGUCGAUUCAAGAAACCGAGUUUUUGCCAAAGUGUUGGAGAAGGGGGAGGUCAUGGUGUUCCCUCGCGGCUUGCUGCAUUUCCAAAUGAACGUUGGCGAUAAGACGGCCACCAUUUUGGGGAGCUUCAACAGCCAGAAUCCGGGAUUGGUGAAGAUCCCUUCGGCCGUGUUCGGAUCGGAUAUAAAGGAGGAGGUCUUGGAGAAGGCGUUUGGGUUGAGUUGGAAGGAGUUGGCUAAGUUGAGGAAGAAGUUGGCUCCUACUGGUUGAGGGGUUCAUUGUAUUUUACCCCAAUGUGAAAAUACUAAUAAAUAAUUAAACGGCUCUCUAAACGAAGAAACAGGCAGUCGAACUUUUGAACUUUUAUGAAAGAAGCUCACUGUCUCCCGUAUCAGAGGAUAACAUUACGUUUCUUUUGAGAAGUUUUUUCGUUUAUUAUCAUUUUCACGGGGGGACUGGCUGCAUUUGAUCCGAACGAAAUUAGAGCAAUUAAUAUCCUCUUUGUUUUUCUUAUACAUUGAUUUCUUUUUCAAUAAUAAUGGGAUUAGUGUUAAACAGUUUUUAUAGGGAAACCAAGUAGAGAUGAAUGGCCAAGUAGAGAUGAUUUCUUUUCUUACACUCUUUUGAUGUUGAAAGAAUUCAGGUACUAUGAGGAGAGUUGUCCAAUUAAUUAGUUCAGUUUAGUUUUACAUCACACAUCCCAGACUCUCAACAUGCUGUAAUUUUUAUCCACUUUAUGUCACUUUCUCAUCUCUUUU